AACCCGGCUGCGGCGGCCGAGGGCCUCAGGGGGCGGAGCUGCCGCCGCUGCCGCCGCAGCCCUGUUGAGGAUUUGAAAGAUUAAAAACUCCCGGCGGAGAGGGCGGCGGCGUUGAAUGUGUGGCGGAAGCGCUGCGGACCACGGCUCGGCGCGCAGCCGGCCAGCCGGCGGCGGCGUCUCGGCAUCAUGAAUUACCCUGGCCGCGGCUCCCCGCGGAGCCCGGAGCAUAACGGCCGGGGCGGCGGCGCCUGGGAGCUGAGCUCGGACACAGCUCCGGCGUUCGGCGGUGGUAGUGGCGGCGUCUGCUGUUUCGAGCACCUGCCGAGCGGCGACCCGGGCGAUGGCAGCGUGUCCCUGGCCCUGCUGCGCGGGGAGCCGGGGCUGCACUUGGCGCAGGGCGCCGAGGAGCUGAACCCCCUGUCCCUGGACCCCUGCUUCAGUGACGAGACCUAUGACUUCAGCUCGGCCGAGUCCGGCUCCUCGCUGCGCUACUACAGCGAGGGCGAGAGCGGCGUUGCCGGCAGCUCCUCGUCGCUGCACCCUCCGCCGCAGCCCGCACUCGCCGCGACCAACUCGGGGGGCGGCGGGGCUGCGGGAGUGGGCCCCGGGGAGAGGAAGCGCCCCCGGCCUGGCGGCCCGGCCGCCCGGCAUCGCUACGAGGUGGUGACGGAGCUGGGCCCGGAGGAGGUGCGCUGGUUCUAUAAGGAGGACAAGAAGACCUGGAAGCCCUUCAUCGGCUACGACUCUCUCCGCAUCGAGCUUGCCUUCCGGACCUGGCUGCAGGCCACGGGCGCCCGGCCCCAGGCCGAGGCCCGGGAUGGCGACCCCGCGUGCGGCCGGGCCUCCAGCUUCGGAGAGGAGGAGGACGAGGACCGCGCCUGCGGCUUCUGCCCGCGCGCCGCGGGGCACGAGCCCGAGAUGGAGGAGCUGGUGAACAUCGAGCCGGUGUGCGUGCGGGGUGGCCUCUACGAGGUGGAUGUGACCCGGGGAGAGUGCUACCCGGUGUACUGGAACCAGGCAGAUAAAAUACCAGUGAUGCGUGGACAGUGGUUUAUCGAUGGGACCUGGCAGCCUCUAGAAGAAGAAGAAAGUAAUUUAAUUGAGCAAGAGCACCUCAGUUGUUUUAGGGGUCAGCAGAUGCAGGAAAAUUUUGAUAUUGAAGUGUCAAAAUCCAUAGAUGGAAAAGAUGCUAUUCAUAGUUUUAAAUUAAGUCGAAAUCAUGUGGACUGGCACAGUAUGGAUGAAGUAUAUCUUUAUAGUGAUGCAACAACAUCUAAAAUUGCAAGGACAGUUACCCAAAAACUGGGAUUUUCUAAAGCCUCAAGUAGUGGGACCAGACUUCACAGAGGUUAUGUGGAAGAAGCCACAUUAGAAGACAAGCCAUCACAGACCACCCACAUUGUGUUUGUUGUUCAUGGCAUUGGGCAGAAAAUGGACCAAGGAAGAAUUAUCAAAAAUACAGCCAUGAUGAGAGAGGCUGCAAGAAAAAUAGAAGAAAGGCAUUUUUCCAAUCAUGCAACACAUGUUGAAUUUCUGCCUGUUGAAUGGCGGUCAAAACUUACUCUCGAUGGAGACACUGUUGAUUCCAUUACUCCGGACAAAGUACGAGGUUUAAGGGACAUGCUGAACAGCAGUGCAAUGGACAUAAUGUAUUAUACUAGCCCACUCUAUAGAGAUGAACUAGUUAAAGGCCUUCAGCAAGAGCUGAAUCGAUUAUAUUCCCUUUUCUGUUCUCGGAAUCCAGACUUUGAAGAAAAAGGGGGUAAAGUCUCAAUAGUGUCCCAUUCCUUGGGAUGUGUAAUCACUUAUGACAUAAUGACUGGCUGGAAUCCAGUUCGACUCUAUGAACAGUUGCUGCAGAAGGAAGAAGAGUUGCCUGAUGAAAGGUGGAUGAGUUAUGAAGAACGACAUCUUCUUGAUGAACUCUAUAUAACAAAACGACGGCUGAGGGAAAUAGAAGAACGGCUGCAUGGAUUAAAGGCGUCAUCCAUAACACAGACACCUGCCUUAAAAUUUAAGGUUGAGAAUUUCUUCUGUAUGGGAUCCCCACUAGCAGUGUUUUUGGCAUUGCGUGGCAUUCGACCUGGAAACACUGGAAGUCAAGACCAUAUUUUGCCUAGAGAGAUUUGUAACCGGUUACUAAAUAUUUUUCAUCCUACAGAUCCAGUAGCUUAUAGAUUAGAACCAUUAAUACUGAAACACUACAGCAACAUUUCACCUGUCCAGAUCCACUGGUACAAUACUUCAAAUCCUCUACCUUAUGAGCAUAUGAAGCCAAGCUUUCUCAACCCAGCAAAAGAACCUACCUCAGUUUCAGAGAAUGAAGGCAUUGCAGCCAUACCGAGCCCUGUAACCUCACCAGUCUUAUCGCGCCGACAUUAUGGAGAAUCUAUAACUAACAUAGGCAAAGCAAGCAUAUUAGGAGCUGCUAGCAUUGGAAAGGGCCUUGGAGGAAUGUUGUUCUCAAGAUUUGGUCGCUCAUCUGCAUCACAGCCAUCUGACACAUCAAAAGACACAAUAGAAGAUGAGAAGAAGCCGGUUACCUCGCCUUCUACUACCACUGUGGCAACACAGACCCUUCCACAUAGCAGUUCUGGCUUUCUUGAUUCUGCAUUGGAAUUGGAUCACAGGAUUGAUUUUGAACUCCGAGAAGGCCUUGUGGAGAGCCGCUAUUGGUCAGCCGUCACAUCACAUACUGCCUAUUGGUCAUCCUUGGAUGUCGCCCUCUUUCUUUUAACCUUCAUGUAUAAACAUGAGCACAAUAAUGAUGCGAAACCCAGUUUAGACCCAAUCUGAACUCUUGAAGGACAUUAAUGACCCAAAACUGAUUUUUUUUUUUCUGUUAAAUGUGUGUGUCAAGAUAUGGAGCUGUCAGGGUUAAGUUUUGUUCCAGUUUUGUUUAGGGCAAGAAAUAUUUGAAUUUAAAAGCACUUUAUUUUACUUUUAAAAAAGAAAAAACAUGUUUUCAGUCCUAAAGAAGCUACUUACAGUUUCCAUCAUUCUGACUGUGAGUCUGACAGAACCCCCACAGAGAAUCAAGCAAGACCUGGAAUUGAGGAAAGUCUGGGAGAACGGCAAAUAAAGGUUAUCAGUCACAAUCUAAUUUCCCCAAGGUGUAAAGACGUAUCAAUGAUUUGAAUCUGCUGCACUAACCAAAAUAUAAAUGUAAAAUGGUCAAGUUCCAGUGCAUUCUAGGUUAAAGGUGACAUGACACUAUCAUUGGUUUAGAUUCCUGUACAAGUUUCCAUUUCCACUUCCUUUGAAAGAAGACCAUAACAUUAAAAUGUUUCAAAUUUAACUUAUUUAGAAAAACUAAUGCUAAAAAACAGUAUUUGAACCACUGUAUUUAUAAUUUAUUACCUGACUAAAUGCUUUAUUUCAGUGUAUGAAACAUUACAUUUUUAAUGUUCCCUUUGAACAUAAUUUAAGAACCACAUUUAUUUUCUAUAGUGGUAAGACCUUCUUUUCUCAGAACUCCAUCUUUGUACUCUUCAGAUGAACAUACAACACUGUGGCAUAUUCAGUAUUUUUUUUUCAUUAAAAACUCGUGGUUUCACACAA